UCUGGCUGCGCCUAGUAGCCUGGCUAAAGGUAAAGAUAGUGUGCUGCACCCAAGGGAUCGGGGCCACCCCCAUGACCCUGUGUGCACUGACCCGUGCUCUGGGCUCUUUGAGUCUGGCGCCUCCGGCCAUUACAGCCCCCGGCCCGAGUCUACUUCCUGCAGCGCAGGUGGUGAGCAAUGCCUUCCUCCAACUGCCCUCCGCCUUGCUGUUGCUCCCCUGCCGCCCAAUACUUACUUCUGUGGCUCUUCAUGCCAAGUUUGUGUCCUGGAAGAGUUGUACAAAGUACACCAUUGUACCUGUGAAGAAGAGGAAAUCUGGGGGUCGAGACCACACAGGCCGCAUCAGAGUACAUGGUAUUGGUGGGGGCCACAAGCAACUUUAUCGAAUGAUUGACUUUCUGCGGUUCCGGCCGGAGCAGGAGACUAAGCCUGAACCCUUUGAGGAGAAGGUUAUCAGAGUCCGCUAUGAUCCUUGUAGGUCAGCAGACAUAGCUCUGGUUGCUGGGGGCAAUCGGAAACGCUGGAUCAUUGCCACAGAAAACAUGCAGGCGGGAGAUGUAAUCCUGAACUCUAACCACAUAGGCCGAAUGGCAGUUGCUGCUCGGGAAGGGGAUGCACAUCCUCUUGGGGCCCUGCCUGUGGGGACUCUCAUUAACAACGUGGAAAGUGAGCCAGGCCGAGGGGCUCAGUAUAUCCGAGCUGCAGGGACAUGUGGUGUGCUGCUGCGGAAGGUGAAUGGAACAGCCAUUAUCCAGUUGCCCUCUAAGAGGCAAAUGCAGGUACUGGAAACGUGCACAGCAACAGUAGGUCGAGUAUCCAAUGUUGAUCAUAACAAACGGGUCAUCGGCAAAGCUGGUCGGAACCGCUGGCUGGGCAAGAGGCCUUCUAGUGGGCUGUGGCACCGCAAGGGGGGCUGGGCCGGCCGAAAGAUUCGGCCAUUGCCCCCCAUGAAGAGUUACGUGAAGCUGCCCUCCGCUGCCUCCCAAAGUUGAUAUCCCUGGACUCUAAUAAAAUGACCAAUUUUUA